AUGGACCCAGAAGGAAAGCUGAUGGUGGAGCUGCAUGUGAAGUAUAUUCAGUCGCUCGAUCAGCGUCGAAAUGAACUGGCUUACCACUUGACGGAGCACCUGCGAAUGAACGGCAUCUACUGGGGAUUGACAGCGCUAGCAUUUCUCAACAGAAAAGAUGCUCUCCCACGACAAGACAUGCUCGACUGGGUGAUGGCCUGCUGGGACGACAAGACAGGCGGCUUCAGACCCCAUCCUGGCCACGACGUCAAUGUACACUGCACGCUAUCGGCCGUUCAGAUCAUUGCGACACAUGAUGCAUUGCACAUCCUCACGCCACACCAUGUCGAGCUCAUCGUUCAAUAUAUCUUGAGCCUGCAAGACGAAGUGACGGGCUCAUUUGCAGGUGACGAAUGGGGCGAGGUCAACACCCGCUUCUCUUACUGUGCCGUCAGCACACUCGCCCUGCUCAAUCAGCUACAUCGACUGGACAAGCAGAAGACGGCCUCCUGGAUCGAACGUUGCCGCAACUUUGAUGGUGGCUUCGGCAUGACAGAAGGCGCAGAGUCACACGCUGCCUAUGUGUGGACUUGCGUCGGCGCGUUGGCUAUACUGGGACGCUUGGACAUUGUUGACCGGGAUACACUGUCUUGGUGGCUCUGUGAGCGACAGCUGCCCAACGGAGGUCUCAACGGAAGGCCAGAGAAGCUCGAGGACGUCUGCUACUCCUGGUGGGUCAUCGCCACACUGGCCAUACUGGAUCGCACAGACUGGGUCAAUGGCGACAAGCUGUCAAGAUUCAUAUUGUCCUGUCAGGAUACGGACGAUGGCGGCAUCGCAGAUCGACCGGAGGACGUGGCAGAUGUCUGGCAUACUGUCUUUGGCAUUGCAGGAUUGUCAUUACUAGGCCAUCCAGGUCUCGCCAAGGUCGACCCUGUCUUCUGCAUGCCGCGCGCUGUCACUAUCAAGACGUCACAGACCUGA